AAUAUAUUUAAGCAGGCCAUGCUUUUAUGGCUAUAUUGCUGACGAUCCUAAAACAUAUCCCACACUUAAUUCGUUGGGUUCUAUUACAACUUUUCUUCUUUCCAGAAUGGCCAAGCCAACAACCAUUAAAGAUGCUCUAGCUCGCUGGGAGGAGAAGAACAAGCCAACUGAAGCUAUUAAGGCCACGGAAAUUGGUUUACAAUUCCAAUAUCCGCCAAUUGAGAAAAUGGAUUCCACACUUGGCACUCUGGUGGAGUGUCAAAAACUCAGCCUAUCUUCAAACAUGAUUGAGAAGAUAAGUGGAAUAGCGGCCAUGAAGAAUCUCAGAGUUCUGAGUUUGGCUAGAAAUAAUCUCAAAAAUAUCAGUGGCAUUGAAUCCCUCGCUGAUACAUUAGAAGAACUCUGGGUUAGCUAUAAUAACAUUGAGAAGAUCAAACCACUGGAAUCGAUGAAGGUAUUAAAGGUAUUCUAUGUAUCACAGAAUAUGAUUAAAGAUUGGGCUGAAUUUAAUCGCAUGGCAGUGCCGCCAAAUUUGGUGGAAAUUACCUUUACGGGCAACAUACUUUCGGAGAAUAUGGAGCCCCCAGCUUUUCUUUCGGAGGUCAUGCGUCGUCUGCCCAAUCUUAAGAAACUCGAUGGGGAACCUAUUAUACGUUAAAACAGAAAAUGUUGAACAUGCUGUGUAAUUGAAAUAAAGAAUAAAAGGAAUGGGUGUCCUGUA